AUGACGACCGAGGAUCAAAACAUCACCCUCACGGCCCAGUGCCACUGCAAAGCGCAUACCUUCACCACCGAAGUGCCUCGAUCAAAACUCCCUCUGCCUGCAUCCAUAUGCCACUGCACCUCAUGCCGAACCGCCACUGGUGCCAUGUAUAACUGCACCAUAGACUGGCCUGGUCCAGCAGAUGAAAUUCGCAACUCUGAUCUGAAAGCCUACGAAUUCACCUCCAAUUGCGAAAUUUUGUUCUGCGGCACAUGUUCAUGUCCCAUGUUCUGGAAUGUUCACUACAAAGAUCAGCCCCAGAAAUUUGGCGUUUUCACCGGAGUCUUGAACAAUGUUGACGUUGACAACCUUAUCAACCUUACGAGGCAGAUUUUUGUUGGUGACACGGUCGAUGGGGGCCUUUCAUCGUGGCUUCAGAAUGUGAAUGGUGACAGGGAGAAGCCCCGUAGGUGGAUGGAGAGUCCUGAAGAUGGUUGGGAAUUGGGUGAAAGUUGGCCUGCUGCGAGUCAAGAUGCUCAGCCCGAAUCUUCUCCAGCCACAGAUAUACCUAUCCGCUGUCACUGCAAGGGAGUUGACCUUGUCUUCCGUCCCGGUAAUGUGGACUUCUCUGCCAUGGAGGCUAGUGCAAUCCCGUCGUUUAUCGAGCCAAAGACCCAUAAACACCUUGCAACACUCGAUCCAUGCCCCUCAUGCCGUUUGACAGUUGGUGUUGACGUCAUGAAUUGGACAUUUGUCAUGCCUCAACAGAUUGACUUCCCAGAGAAGACCAAGGGCUCAGACUUUCCGCGAAAUACGCUUGAUCUGAAGAGUGCAGUCGACAAUCCCGACCGAGACUCUCGUUACGGCACGCUCGCGAUUUAUCGAAGUUCGCCUGACGUUCAACGAUAUUUCUGCUCUCGCUGCUCUGCAACGGUAUUCUACACCGUUGACGAUCGUCCAGAGUGUAUUGACGUCGCUGUUGCACUGCUACAUGCUCCGGAGGGAGCUCGUGUGGAGAGUGUCUUGGCCUGGCAUCUUGGUGCCAAGAUGAUGGGAGAGUGGGAUUUUGAGAAGGGCUGGAGAAAGGAUUUCGCCAUGUCGGUGAAGGAGACGUCAGAGAAGUGGCGCAUCGAGAAAGCCAGUCCGGGUAUCUUUUUUAACUGGACACUCACUGUCUUAUUCGUCCAACAUGUCUCGCCCCCACCUCGUCACGUUUCCUACGAGGUGCGCGACAAGAUCUUUCAGGAGUACUUCCGCGUGGAAGGAGGGUAUGUCUUCAGUAGCGAAUCUGAAAAGCUCACCACCGCUGACGGUCAACCGAUUGACUUCUCCUUGAUGUACGCCUGCCGCUCGAUUGCAAACGAUACCAAACAUCUACCUUUUGAACUCAAUAACAUCUCUUUCUCCACCCUCUUCUUACCCGAGUUGAGGGCUUGGGCUGGCCGUCACCAGUUCCUGUCGCACUUUCUUAGCAUUCUGAAGGUGGGUCUUAUUUGUCUUCUCCAAGGCCCUGAAAUGUCUCAGGAACUGGAAGAAGCAAUAGAAGGAAAGUUCCCGCAUAUGAUGCCGGAUUUCAAGAAUCGUCUGGAGAGUAUCUAUCACAGACGUUUUAGGGAAGACCCUACUGUCCGAAAGGGCAGUGCCUUUCGAUACUGGGAGCUCGGUCAAGAAACAAGCGAAAUCAUUAAAGACUUUGGCGAUGAGAGUAUAAGGGGAUGGGGUAAAAAUGUGUCUAUGGCGAGAGAAGCUAUCGCAUUCAGUUUCCGAUUCCUAGGAGAGCGUCGAUAUUUUGAACUGGCUGACCUCCUCAACGAAGCAUUUCCUGGCUGGAAAGGCUCCAAAAAUCAGCAAGAUCUCUUUGAUCUAACCUUGGACCCCUGGGAUAUCCCGUCCAAAGCCCUUCUCACAAGAAUCGGAAGCUUAUUGAGGGAUGAUGUUAUAUGGCGGCGUGUUAAGGAUUGGCAUUAUGGAGUGCGCGCAAAAUAUCGUUUUUCUGCAACCGCGGUUGCAAUCAGAUUCUUUCGUCAGCUUUCCCUUGAGCAACGGCGGCAUCUACGAGGUAUCAAACUCAUCGAGGAUGAAUAUGCUGUUUGCUCCCCUUCAACUCACGCCAUGGGUCUCAUCCAGUUCUGCAAAGACAAUCCAAAGUUGAGAAUAGAACGCCACCUCAAACUAUGCCGCCGCAUCCCUGCUGCUCUCCACCCUUGUUGGGAUAUGAUUAGAUACAGCACUCUUGCUACACCUCGCAGUCAGCGUAGGAACCAAGGCGGUGGGGAAGACAUUGUUCCCAAAUUUGCAGUUGACGGUAUAACCAUAUGGCUAGAAGAAGCAAUCACAUUGCCAGACGCGGACAUGCCCCGCAACUCCUACACGCUAUGCUUCGAUGGAGAACCUGACUAA